AUGAUCGAGUACGUGGGCGUGCCCCAGCAUGAAGUCGCCAAAUGGGUCGGAAUCGUCUCCGCCGUCGUCGCCAGCUGCCAGUGUGCCAUGGCCAUUCCCUGGGGCACGGCCUCCGACCGCUUUGGCCGCAAACCCGUCAUCCUCUUCGGCCUGACGUGCACCAUGAUCUUCUCCCUGGCCUUUGGUUUCUCCCGCUCACUCCUCACGCUCAUCCUGUCCCGCGCCCUGCUCGGCUUUAUGAACGGCAACGUCGGCAUCAUCCGUACCAUGGUCGCCGAGAUGGUCCCCGAGCGCGAACUGCAGCCGCGGGCCUUCAGUAUUAUGCCUCUCGUCUGGACUAUUGGCAGUAUCUUCGGUCCCGCGUUUGGCGGCGCUCUUGCCCGUCCCGCGGAAAAGCACCCGGAGCUCUUUGGCGACUCGGAGUUUCUCAAAAAGUACCCUUUUGCCCUACCAAACAUCCUCUCGGCGAUGCUAUUCAUUCUUGGGAUUUCAACUGGUUUUCUCUUUCUAAAAGAAACCCUGGCGAACAAAAAAGACCAGCGCGAUUAUGGCCUAGUCCUCGGUGAGAUGCUGACCAGCUCCAUCCCGUGUGGGCGAAGAAGACCCAUCCGCAGUGCCAAAAUUGAUCUGGGUUUUGACGAGACGUCCGCCUUGCUUGGGGACGAGGAAGACCGGGUCUCGCGCAAACAGGCCCGGAUGACCGUCAAGGAGCGGAAGCCCAAGAAGAAGGCCAGCUGGGCCGACGUCUUUUCCCCGCAAUCCAACCUGAUCCUGCUCGCCUAUGGCCUGAUGGCCAUGCAUUGCAUGGCCUUUGACUCGCUGCUGCCAGUUUUUCUGCACUACCCGGAACAGGAAUUCGAGGGGAACCCGGACGUGAAGCUGCCUUUUAAGUUUGCCGGUGGAUUUGGUGUGGGUAGAUCCUUUUCUAAACCAACAGACUCUCAAAUGAUCGGCAUGUUCUACACGCUGAUUGGCAUCAUCGGAAUGUUUAUACAGUUCCUGGUCUUCCCGCCCGCAGCCAAGCGCUACGGCGUGCUGUUUUGCUUCAAGGUCGUGUCGAUUAUCUUCCCGAUCAUCUACGCGCUUACCCCCUUCACCGUCCUGAUUGAGGGUCCCCUUCGCAACUUCAGCGUCUUCCUCCUGAUGCUCGGCAAGCUGGCCUGCGGCAUCUUUAGUUUCCCCUGCUGCACCAUCCUGCUGACCAACUCGGCCGCCACCCUCGAGGUGCUCGGCACCUUGAACGGUGUGGGGACUUCCGUCAGCGCCGUCGGUCGCGCCACAGGACCGGCGAUUGUGGGCGCGAUGUUCUCCUUUGGCAUCAAGCGCGGCUACUUGAUUAUUCCCUGGGGGGCGCUCACGAUCAUGGGGGCGCUGAGUGCCUUUCCAGUCUUUUGGAUUUUCGAAACUGAUGGUUUUAUGGGUAACGACGAGGAUGACGAUGACGACGAUGAAAUCGCAGACGAGUCCGAGGAUAAUGAUGACUUUGAUGACCGGACCUACGGUGCCACCACUCGUUCCAAGUAA